GGCCUGGGAACCACAGUGACUCCUCCUCUCCUCCAGAGUUCCGGCUGGUCAACGGCAGCAACAGCUGUGAGGGACAUGUGGAGGUCCAUGUGCAGGGAACCUGGGCACCCGUCUGUGCCACCCACUGGGACUUGGCAGACGCCACAGUCCUCUGUCACCAACUCAACUGUGGCAAUGUGGUGGCCAUACCCCAAGGAGGGCAUUUUGGGGAAGGAGAAGGUCCCAUCUGGCCAGAUGUGUUUCACUGCGUGGGGACAGAGCCCCAUUUGUUGAGCUGCCCAGCAAGCACCCUGGGGGCCCCGGCCUGUGCCCAAGGAAACAUGGCCUCUGCCAUCUGCUCAGGACGCCCCCAUGCCCUGAGGCUGAGGGACGGACAGAGUCACUGUGAUGGCCGUGUGGAGAUCUUCCUGGGUGACGUGUGGGGCCGUGUGUUGGAUGAUGCUUGGGACCUGCGCGGGGCACAAGUCGUGUGCCGGCAGCUCGGUUGCGGACUAGCUGAGCGAGCCUACGAUGCACCUGCCCCUGGCCACAGGGCAUUCCCGGUGGGACUGAGCCGUGCACGCUGCCUGGGCACUGAGACCCAGCUGACCCAGUGCAACGUGUCCACAACCCUGCUGGUGCCUGCCGGAAGCUCAUGGGAUGCAGGUGUUGUAUGUUCUGGAAGUGUCCUGGUCAGACUGGCUGAGGGCCCAGGCCGAUGUGCAGGGCGUGUGGAGGUGUUCCACGAGGGUGAGUGGGGCACCGUGUGUGAUGAUGCCUGGGACCUGCAGGACGCUCAUGUGGUCUGCAGACAACUGGGCUGCGGCCGUGCUCUCAGUGCCCUGGGGGCCACCCACUUUGGG